AUGGCUAUGCAGCUUGACAUGUCUAAUGCCCAGGUGAUGAAGGAUGAGUCCGGGCGCCCCUUCAUCAUUGUCAGAGAUCAGGGCAAGAAGCAAAGGACUCACGGUACCGAGGCGGUGAAGCAACAUAUCCUCGCCGCCAGGACCGUUGCCAACCUCGUCAAGACCUCGCUGGGUCCCCGAGGUCUGGACAAGAUUCUGAUUUCUCCUGAUGGAGACAUCACCGUGACCAACGAUGGCGCUACCAUUCUUGGCCAGAUGGAAAUCACCAACCACGUUGCCAAGCUGCUGGUCGAGCUCUCUCAGUCCCAGGAUGACGAGAUUGGAGACGGCACCACCGGUGUCGUCGUUUUGGCUGGCGCCCUGCUCGAGCAGGCCGCCGACUUGAUCGACAAGGGAAUCCACCCCAUCAGGAUAGCCGACGGUUACGAUGCUGCGUGCGAGGUUGCCGUGGCACAGCUGGACAAAAUCAGCGACGAGAUCCCCUUCUCCAAGGAAGACACUGAGAACCUCUUCAAGGUCGCCAAGACCAGUCUGGGCAGCAAGAUUGUCUCCAAGGCUCACGACCACUUUGCCCGCAUGGCUGUCGACGCCGUUCUGUCCGUUGCCGAUCUCGAGCGCAAGGACGUUGACUUCGAACUCAUCAAGGUGGACACCAAGGUCGGCGGCUCUCUCGAGGAUUCCCUGCUCGUCAAGGGUGUUAUCAUCGACAAGGAUUUCUCCCACCCCCAGAUGCCGUCCGAAGUCCGCGACGCAAAGAUUGCCAUCCUCACCUGCGCCUUUGAGCCCCCGAAGCCCAAGACCAAGCACAAGCUGGACAUCACCAACGUCGAGGAAUUCAAGCGCCUCCAGCAGUACGAGUCUGACAAGUUCAACGAGAUGAUCACGCAGAUCAAGGACACUGGCGCCAAUGUCGCCAUUUGCCAGUGGGGUUUCGACGACGAGGCCAACCACCUUCUCCUGACCAACAACCUGCCCGCUGUCAGGUGGGUCGGUGGUCCCGAAAUUGAGCUCAUCGCCAUCGCCACCAACGGUAGGAUAGUGCCCAGGUUCGAGGACCUCAGCGCGGAGAAGCUUGGUACUGCUGGUAUUGUGAGGGAGAUGACUUUCGGCACCACAAGAGACAAAAUGCUGGUGAUCGAGGAGUGCGCCAACACAAGAGCCGUCACCGCUUUCCUGAGAGGAAGCAACAAGAUGAUCAUCGACGAGGCCAAGAGGUCCCUCCACGACGCUCUGUGCGUUGUUCGCAACCUGGUUCGGGACAACCGCGUUGUCUACGGAGGUGGAGCGGCAGAGGUUGCUUGCUCUCUGGCUGUCGAGGACGCAGCUGUCAAGAGCCCCGGUCUCGAACAAUACGCCAUGCGGGCUUUCGCCGAGGCGCUCGAUGCAGUGCCUAUGGCCCUCGCUGAGAACUCGGGCUUGAGCCCUAUUGAGACCCUUGCGUCCAUCAAGUCGAGACAGGUCAAGGAGGAGAACUCGCGCCUGGGUGUUGAUUGCAUGCAAACAGGAACCAACGACAUGCGCGAGCACUUUGUCAUCGACCCGCUCAUCUCCAAGAGGCAGCAGCUCCUGCUUGCGACGCAAUUGUGCCGCAUGGUCCUGAAGGUCAACAAUGUCAUUAUUGCAGGAAGCGACGAGAACGAUUUCUGA